GGGGCCACUGGACGGGUGCAAUGUGACGGGGUCGGGAGAGACUGGGACACAGCCUUUAACCGCGCGGGGAGGGAGGGUUUAACCAUUAACCACCAUUAACCAUUAAGGCAGCUGUGCACAGCCGGUACCGUACAUAAGGCGUGCGCACCGGCGUCCACGCCUCAGCCUGAGCGCGUUACCAAGAGCUGGAGGAUUCAUCCAAGCAGCCAGCCACGCCAAGUGCCUGUGCUGUUCAUCACUCCGGACUGUGCGCUUCUUCUCUCCGGGACACUGAAAGGUGACUGUCCACUCUGGUUGGAGAGGUACUUUUCCGCAGGCGGUAAUUCAAUCUUCAUACUGCAGAUCUUUAAAUAUCUCACUUGAAAACCUUCCAGCAGCCACGUGGUGUAAGGUGAGACAUUUCCAUCCCAGUACACUCACCAGUCUGAAAUGAUCAGUGGGCUGAGAGCAUAACCAGUCUGCGCUGCAAUCUGGCCACUUCAGACCUCUGAUUCUAUUUUUUCUUGAGGUUAUAUUGAACUGUAAAGGACUGCUGACAAGUGACUGGAGGGGAUUUCUGUUGUGAUUUCCCAAGCUUGUUGUUUUUCUUUUUUCUCCUGUUUGAACCAGUAUGCUUUCUUCUUUUUUUUGCUGGCCUACCCUGAGCACCUUGCAGUGAAUGGAGAACCUACUGGUUCUGCUCCCGAAGCACCGACAGGAACACGGGCUCUGCAGAAGCACGGCUGCAUGUGCCUUGCUGCAGGUUUUUUCCAACAGAGCAGUUUUCUCCUGGUGUUUAGUAGCGACCCCCACUCCUUGUAAGCCUCUUUAAUGGGAUAAAUCAAUUGGACUGAUCAGGUUCAAAACCAGAUCAGGUGGACAGGUCCAUUCUGACUUACCCAAAACUGUAAGGCCAAGGCAACCUGACCUUUUCUUGUCAAGCCCACUGUCUUCCAAAGGCUUCCGCAUGGUACUUUGGUCGAAAGAACAAGACAAACUCCCUGACAUCGACAUGUCCUCCGGGGCCAUUGAGGUGAAGAAGGAGGGAGGCCCUCCGACCCCGGCCCUCCUCAACUCCAACUGCUCCAUCCACCCACUGAUCCUCACCAAGGGCCCCGAGGAGGUGAGCCCAGGAUCCGGGGGAGAGUUUGAGCUCACAGAGGUCACAUCAUUCACUGAGAGGGCCGGUGAGACCGGGGACGAUGACGAGAGGUCAGAGAUCGUGGUGGCAUUGGACUGCCGGGCCAACGCCAAGGGUCAACGGGAGGAAGAUGCUCUCUUGGAGAACGCAAGCCAGAGCAACGAGAGCGAUGACACCAGCACUGACCACAGCCCAGAACCACCAGCACCCCUUAAGGAAACCUCCUUCUCCAUUGGCCUGCAGGUGGUCUUCCCCUUCCUGCUGGCCGGGUUUGGGACAGUGGCGGCUGGAAUGGUGCUAGACAUUGUCCAGCACUGGACAGUGUUUAUGGAGGUGUCCGAGGUGUUCAUCCUGGUUCCAGCACUGUUGGGGCUAAAAGGCAACCUGGAGAUGACGCUGGCCUCCAGACUUUCCACAGCGGCUAAUAUUGGUCAGAUGGACACAGCCAAGAACAUGUGGAAGAUGAUCAUGGGGAACUUGGCCCUCAUCCAGGUCCAGGCCACAGUGGUCGGGUUCCUGGCCUCCAUAGCUGCUGUGAUCUUCGGCUGGAUCCCAGAGGGACACUUCAAACUGGGCCAUGCAGUGCUGUUGUGUGCCUCCAGUGUGGCUACUGCCUUCAUUGCUUCUCUGCUGCUAGGCCUCAUCAUGAUCGGUGUGAUCAUCGCGUCCAGGAAAGUUGGCAUCAACCCUGACAACGUGGCCACACCUAUUGCUGCUAGCCUGGGAGACCUGAUCACCCUGUCCCUGCUGGCAGGCAUCUCAACUGGACUGUACAAGGAACUAGACUACAAUGACUAUGCCAACCCGCUGGUGUGUGCUGUGUUUGUGGCGAUGUGCCCCCUAUGGGUGCUGAUUGCCAGGAGGAUCCCAUCCACCAGAGAACUCCUGUACUCCGGCUGGGAGCCCGUCAUCAUCGCCAUGGCCAUCAGCAGUGUUGGUGGUUUGAUCCUCGACAAGACUGUCACCAACCCAAACUUUGCUGGCAUGGCUGUGUUCACCCCGGUCAUCAACGGUGUGGGAGGUAACCUGGUCGCGGUUCAGGCCAGUCGAAUUUCCACGUAUCUGCACAUGAACGGUCUUCCCAUGGGGGAUCCCAACCCCACCCCCAGGAAGUGCCCCACACCCUGCACCUCCUUCUUCGGCUCCUCUGUGAACUCUCGUUCGGCCCGUGUGCUCUUCCUCCUGGUUGCCCCGGGUCACCUUGUCUUCCUGUACACCAUCAACUCCCUGAGGGGGGGGCACACCACCCUGACACCUGUCUUCAUUACGUUCUACCUGGCUGCUGCACUACUACAGGUAUUAAUCCUUCUCUACCUGGCAGACUGGAUGGUCCAUUGGAUGUGGGGUCGAGGCAUGGACCCUGACAACUUCUCCAUCCCCUACUUGACGGCUCUGGGUGACCUGCUGGGGACUGGCUUCCUCGCCCUCUGCUUCCACAUGCGCUGGUUCAUUGGAGACAGAGACUCUAACGUGGGCAACUGAAUGCACGCACAGAUGCACGCACAGGAAAAUUUUAAAAAAGGCAAAAAAUCCUACUACAUACUGUACGCUUGCACGCACGGACAGUGACGAACAUCACCUGUAUGCCUGAACAUUAUCUGAAAGUGGACAUUGUCUGCUAUAAAAGGGCUAAUCUCCUUUAGGGCUCUGAUCGAUGGUAUAGCACUAGUAGGGCAGUAGCGUUUCAUCUUCAGGGUAUCAGGACACUGAUGCACCGCAGUGGGCAGUAUCUGUGUUUCAUGAUAGAAAUAAACAAAUCUCCACCUCAACCAGUGAGCAAAAAUCCAUCUGAUGGAUCCAGCCCCACAAACUAUAUUUUACCUAAUAACGGAGUCCUUUUACUUUUGUUAAUAUUAUACUAUUGACAAUGAUUAUGAUUGUUGGUAAAUAAUGCAUUUGAUAUGAAUCAAUAUAUGUUCUAUGUGCAGGGCCGGUCCUCAUUAUUUUCAAUGGGGGCGUUAGCCCGUCCGUUUUUAAAGAUCAAGUCUUAACACUUGAAACUAAGAUGACAAAACAUAGCAAAAAAUAUAUCCAAACAUGCCUGGAAUGCUUAAUCACCAAGUGCUCUGUCAUAUUUACAGGAUGAAUAUUAUAUGUCUCAUUUCUGAUUACGUAGAGUGCAAAGGGCCAGCUGUUCUCUGUUUUACCCUGGCCUUAUGACUGUAGGAAACAGGAUUGUUUGGGGGGGGGGGGGGGGUUUACUACGGGGGACUGGACCACAAACAUAACAAGCUAAAUCCCUUUUGGCGUCACUCCCAUCAGCGGAUGGCUUAAUUUGAGUUAGACAGGAACAGUGAACAAUGUUUCCUACAGAAUUAGAGUGUAUGUGUGGUGGUAGCUGAUGACGGUGGGUCAGCAAACUUCCCUUGCUUUUAAAUGUCCCUUAGUAUCAUUCUGUGUCCCCUCCUUAAAUUCCGAGGCUUUUGCAGGUCCAUGAAUGCAGCAUAGGCAAAGCUAUCCAUGAGUUCUUUUUUUCCUUAGCAGCAGUUUGUAACUCGCAGGAUCUGUUCACCUGUUCAGAACUGAUCAGAUCCAAUUCAUGGAUGAGAGAAGCAGCUGCUGUGAGUGAAUGCAAAUUUUUAGACCCAGCUGAAUGAACGGUUUUCACUUUCACUGCUCCUGAUGUUCUCCUGCUCCAUCUGUGCCCAGAGUGUGCUCUGCACUCAGACAGUUUGGCACUAUAAAUAAACGGAAAGUAUAAAGAGUAUAUAUAUAUUCUAGUAGCCUUCCUAAUGAACUGUUCAGCUCCAAAAUUCAGAAAUUUGUUUGUAGCGGGAGAUGUUUUAAUCACAGUGGGCAGCCACAAAUAAUAGAUGUGUAGGCUCUGGGCUCAAGAAUCAGGAAUAUCAGAACUUGUCCAAUACAAGAAGGUAUGCCUCUAGUUGCGUCAGCAGUUAAGAAUCACCUAAUAAAUGCCUAAUUUAAAAGUUCUUGUUAGUAAGGACUGUGUACUCACUUAAUUCCUCUGGAGUCCACAGAGGUUACACUGUUUCCUUUUUGGCCAAAUCCACUAAAAAAACGCUGUGACGAAAUGUCCCAAGUAAGAUUCUUUGUUUGAGCAAACACACAGAAACAGUGGGAAAAGUAUGUGGAAAAUGGCCAGACAAGUGUCAGUUAGGAAUGUGCCGGUACACCCAAAAACACACAACUCACUGUUGGAUGCAGCUUGCUGUGGGGUUUUUUGUUUUGUUUUUGUGAGUGCCAAGAGGUUUGAGAGGCUUUAUUUUGCCGCGAGCUGUUCCAGGUGAGGAUAGCACCAGUCCCCUUGUCCAAAGCCGUCUGCCAAUUCUCUACCAGAGCAGGCUAGUAGUUAUUGUGUUGUCCAAACCAGGCUUAUAGUAAGUGACAAGAGGCUCAACAUGCUGCAACGCACAGAAAAUAACCUGCAAAGCUCAACCAACUGAACACCCUUGUGUUCUCACGUGGUACAGAGUGUGAAAGUUUAAGUUGCCUUAGCCCAGAUGAGCUCACUCAGGUUCAGCUGUCCGAUACCAGGUAAACAGUUAUGAUUGUUGAUAUUUUGUGUGGAUAUUUGAUAACUUUUGAUCUUUGAUUUGACUUCUUUUUCUCCACAAAUAAAUUCAAUGGUCUGAAUUAGAGCACUGGUUCUUUCCAGAGAAAAAAAAGACUAAUGAAUUUGUUUGAGGUUGGCAGUAAAGUGAAAGUGGCUACAGGAAGUUGUUUUAAAACAUUUUAGUCUUUAAUUGUAGUUAUUGAUGCUCUCAAUCUGAAACCCAGUCACCCCAGUGCUCAUAAAGGUCCGGUCACACCAGGGCAUAAAACAGAAGGAUCUAAAUUAAUUCACUUCAAUGGAAUUACCGUGACCAGUAGAUUUUCUCAUGGGCUGAGAAAAUACUCACAAAAUUUGUGCAAUUAGUUCAACUCAAGUGAAAUAGAUGCAUAGCAAGACCUCUUGACACCUGACCUUCGUGGGAACACAGCAGAGCUCUAGAAAGUGCGGCAGACUUAUUAGCCAAUUUGACUUAGUGGCCAAACCAUGUAAACACAACUUCUAGGCUUCUCACAUGAUGCCAUUUAGCCCAGAAAUACUUUUUCGCAUAGACUUACAUUGUGAAAAAGACGUCUGAAAAUCAGGGAAUACAUUUUUUGAGUACUCCAACCUCCACAGAAUGACUCUUUUCACUAUAAGGAUUUGAUUCAUUUGAUUCAACAAUAUUAGAAAAGUCUAGGAGAUCCGCAAAAUUCAAUCCCCAUUCAAGUUAGCAGAGCGCUAAACAUAAAUUGGCCACUUGGCUGGCAGGGUUAGCUGCUUUGCCACUGUAAGUCUCUAGUGCUCUUGCACUUUUGGUACAAUCACACGGAGGAUUCAGGUGAUUUCAUACCACGUAAAUCAAGCUGAUUUGGCUUCAUGCGGAACUGAGCAACUUAGAACAGAAAGCGGUUCAAGCUACCUUAUCAGCUGUGUUGCACCAUCCAUUUUUAUCUAUCCUUCCUCUGUCACAGUAUAUACCAAAAGUUCUCUUAGUUGACAGGCCUGCUGUCAGUUCGCAAGUCUUGUCAGCACAGAGAACUUUUAUUCCCCCAUAGUAACUGCAUUGAAUGAAAUUAUGUGCAAGGUUUAGAACAAAAUUCCAGGGGGAGUUAAAGACACACUGCAGUGAAAAUAGAAAGAAGCUUGAAGAGCUGUUGUGACUGAUUAGCGCUAGCUAGUUUCUUGUUUGCUGUUUUACCUCUUUCAAGGACACACAAAUUAAUUUACUAGUUGCUAGUGUGACCGGGCAGUCUUUUUUAUUGGGAGGUUAGAGUAAAAUUCUUGGUAAACAUGUUUCUUCCUGUUUUGUCACACAUAUAAUUGAUACUAGCAGUCAUUUCUGUGGUCAGGAAGGGACCUGACCUUUUGCAACUGGCUGGACAAUGUUUAAUCAAAGAGCAAAACUGGUUUAACCCAAGUGUACUAUUAGCAAAUGGUACAACUUAGUUCAACACCCUCUCCAACACACAAACAAACACAAACUAUCUACACUAGACUCAGCUGCCCUGAGCUGAUAGUUUCUUUAAGGGCUUACAGGUGAGGAGCAGAAUGAAAAAGGAAGUCAUGAGCCGUCCUGACAGACUGUACCGAGUACAGAUGAUGGCCAGGGCCAAAGCCCAGUGUUUUAGGAGAAACCUGCAUGUGAUGCUUACAUAAUCCGGCGCUUGUCAGACUUCUGUGCUGUUUCAAAGGGGCCAGCAGAAUGCAUGUGCAGGGCACAUAAUAUGAAUGUGCAAAAACUUGAUUAUUUUAUCUGUUAAAAAUCUUUUGUUUUGGGUUUGACUGAUUUUUUUUUUUUUUUAUGUUUCGAUUAUGUUGAAAUUGUGGGGUUAUUUUCUAUUCCUUUCCUCCUGUCCCUAAUCUUGUUAACUCUUCCUGAUUAUUGUUUUGUGUUGUAAAGUUCACCAACAAGCAACCACUGUAAAUGAUGAAGCAACUUGUCCACGCUGGUCAAAGGCACAAAGUACUGUAAUCUGCAAAGCGGACACCAGAGGGCACCGCAGGGAUUCUCAUAACUGUACAACUUCUCAGUGCGCCUCUGUGUCCUCUGGAUUCAAACCCACAUGUGUCCACCCGGACUGACAUUUGUUUUGUCUUCUUUUCUACAGCGUUUGACUUGUUGUAAAAGUUGCAUCCUUCCAUCUGUUCAGUCUGUAUCCUCCACUCUCUUACCGACAAGGUGCCAGCGUUCUGCCUCUGUGUCAAUGGAAAGUUGUGAAUACUUCUAUAAAGGGGCAAGUAAUGCUUUGUCUAUUUAUUUUUAGAUGCACACAAAGCAAAUUGUACAUAUUAUAUUUAUUCUAUAUAUAAGGAUGUUUAUUUUGUCAUUUCAUUUUGGCUCUGUUUCCAUGUCACCAUGUUGUUGUCAUUCUUCCCUUCUAUGUUUUGUUUUUUUUUUCUUUGCAAAAGGCCAGUAGAGCUUCUUGGUGCUCACCGCGAUAGAAUGGCGGUGAGGCUAACGAAUAGCACGGUGCCUAAUAACCAGUCUUUACACACCUCACACACAUAUGCACACACACCCUGUCACGCACAGGAAAAGCGUACUUAUAAGACAUAGAAUGGCCUUAACCUAUCAGAGCCAAGCUCGAUUCAGAGUAACCAAUCAGGAGCUAGGUUCGCCACAGAGUAGCAUCUCUUUAAUUAGCUUUGAUUAAUAAAAAGAUGUACAGUAAGUUGAUUAUGGUGUUAUGUGAUAAUGAUAUUAUUUGAUGCAGUGGUAGAGAGGGAAGCUGGUAGUAUCAGUGAAAAGCUUUUGUUCACGUGAAUCUGCAGACUGAGAAACCUCAAGAGGUCUACAGGGCAUCUGAAACGUAGGGUUUUAAUCUGCAGUCGUGCCAGAAAGAUCUGAGUCCAACAUGAUGAAAAGGCUCAAGGAAAUGAUGGGGGGGGGGUUGGCAAAAGUGUAUCUCCUACAUACAAAAUGUUAUCAUCUUUGUAUGAGAGACAACAUCCUGUACGUUGUAGAUAAUAUUUCUUGGGUUUUAACCCACAAACACACCAGAAAAACCUGUUUGUAACAAGACAAAAUGUCACUUAUUAUGAUUCCAGAAGUUUCCUCCUUUAAUUAAAUUACCCAGCCUUUAAAAACCCUUUACCCACCUACUGCCUUGUUAACCUCAAUGCUUCAAACCCUCGAGCCCCUGAACUCACAGGGAACCACACUGAUCCUCAGGCUGCCACCAUCAAGAUGGAGCCUUUGAUUCAGACUCUAAACUUCUACCUGUCUUUCUGGGGUCGGGGUCUUUGCAUUCUCUGUGUGUUCUUCGUGUAAAAGCCCUCCCUCUGCCAGGCUGGAGGAACGCUCUCUCCCUGCAGGACUUUGUAAAUUGCUGGAAAUAAAGGAUUAUAUUAUUUCAUACCA